UUUCAUAAAUAAUCUUUAUGAAAAGUAUAAUCUUUAUCAUGAAAAGUAUAUAUGUUGAUAAUAAAAUCAACAUUGGCGCACCAUAGCCAAUCAACACUCCCAUUGAAACACCUCCCCACCCCCUCUCAUCUCCACUUUCCAUCAGGUGAGCGAUCAAUGGCUUCGACAUCGCUUUCUCAGGCGAUAGCAGUUACCGGAACCAGCUUCAGGCCUUCCCGGAGAAGAACUGCCAAAGUGAAUUACAUUACCGGAUUGAACUCAUUUGUAGGGCUCAAGGCGCAGAACCAGGUGACCAGACUUGGCCUCCCCGUCAGUGCAGAGGAGUCUUUUGCGAAGAUCGUUGGCGCUUUGAGAGAGCCGUCGCGGGGCGGAGGAAGAUGCGGUGGAGCUCUGUCUUCUACCUGCAACUACGCCACGGCUGAGAUUUUCAAGAUCGCGGCCAUAAUUCCGGGACUUGUUCUGGUCGGGGUUGCCGUCGGCUUCGCCCUCCUCCGCGUCGAGGCUAUCAUAGAGGAAGCUGAGUGAUGAUGUGCAUCGGCCAUUGUAUUGUAUGUUAAUUAAAUCAUCAAAUAUUACCGAGUUCUCCCAAAUCUGUUGUUGGUUUGAUCAUAGCGAGAGUUGGACUCCUGAAUGGCUGGCUCUCUCAAUCCAAAAAGUCUUUGAAAUGUUUUUUUGACAAUUCUUUCUAGGGAAAAAAGUCUUUGAAAAUUACCACAAUAAUACUAAAACAAAGACAUUUUCUCAUAAUGUGAUUUAAGACGCCAAGAGUCUAGAGUAUGACUAAAUUCACUGUACAUAACCAUCCAUCUAAUUUCAGCUAAACAAAGAGACUUCAU